ACGGACAUCAACCAUGUCGUCGCUACGGAACAGCGUUCAGCGCCGCUCCCAUAAGGAGCGCGCCCAGCCACUCGAGCGCCAACGUCUCGGUCUUCUCGAAAAGAAGAAGGACUACCAAAAGCGUGCCAAGGACUACAAGAAGAAGCAGGAAGUCCUCAAGUCGUUGCGCCAGAAGGUCGCCGAGAAGAACGAAGAUGAAUUUUACUUUGGCAUGAUGUCCCGCAAGGGACCCGGUUCCGCCAUCACCUACGACGGCAAAAAAAGGAACUUUACCGGCACGGUCGAAGGCGAUCGCGGCAACAAGGCCAUGGACGUGGAGACGGUGCGCCUGCUCAAGACACAGGAUCUGGGUUACCUACGGACGAUGCGGAACGUGGCUGCCAAGGAGGUGCGCGAGCUGACGGAGAGGGUCAUUCUUGCUGGUGGCGCCGACGUGGACGACGAUAGCGAGGACGACGACGAUGGCGACGAUUUCGAGGACUUGAAUGAGGAUAUGGGCGGCAACAAGAACAAGAAGAAGAGCUCGAGCGGGAGGACAGUACCCAAGAAGAUUGUCUUUUUCGACGCGGCAGAGGAGCGACAGCAAAAGUUACAGGAAGUGGAAGACCAAGAGAUGCAAGAUUUCGAUUCAGAAGAGGACGAGGAAAAGGCAAAGGAGGCGGGUCGGAAGGCGCGAAACUUGGCGAGACUGCAGAACAGGCUCAAGCAGGCCAAGAAGAAGCUCAAGGCUUUAACGGAUGCUGAGACGGAGCUGGAGAUCACACAGGCCAAAAUGGCCAAGACACGAACGUCUGGCGGCAUCACAAAAUCCGGCAGGAGGAUCAAGGUCAAGGAGAGAAAAAGGUGA